UCGCUAUUUGCUUCUCUCUUCUUCAAAGCCUCGAAUCCCUCUCCAUUUGGCUAGCGAGCGAGAGAGAAGACACCCGAGCAGCACCGAAUGAUUUGCAUCUCCGAGUGUCCUUUUCUGAAUUCUACAAUAUAAAUUGGUUCAAGAGAAGUGGGAGAAAUUGCACAUUCUCUACAAGGUUGCAAAACUUUCCCUUGUGCACAUGACUAUAAGGGCUUGGGGUCUUGGAUAGGAAAGCAAAGUGAAAUGAUGCAGAUGAUUGGAUGGUGCAUUUGUGCCUACCUUAAAAGUAAUUUAUAGGUGGACAAUCAUUUGGAUAUGCGUAUAUUGGUUUUAUGACAAUUCUUCUGAUCCUACAAUGGCAAAGAGAUGAUUAUGUUCCAAUACUUUAUCAUUUCCUCAAUUGUCACUUCAGAAGAAUACAUGAGAGGCCUCCUUUAGAUUUUUUUGGAACAAUCAAUGCAAGGCCCUUGGCUCGUGAUUUAUUUAUCAAAUAUGUUAGGUGUUAUAAACAUGAAUUUUUGAGGGACUUCUUUCUGUCAACUGGGCAACUUCAAGAUGUUGCUUUUCUUUUGUUGAAGGAAUCAUGGGAAAUUGAGAAGAAUCCCAUGGCAAGCAAAGGAACACCUCUUCACGGUCCGCGCAUAAAACUUAUUGAGAAGGCACAAAAUCUCUUUGCUGAAACCAAAGAACACAUAUUUGAAUCAAAGGCUGCUGAAGAGCAUGCAAAGUUGUUGAGAAUCCAACAUGAGUUAGAGGUUUCAACAAAACAAGCAAUAUUCAUUGAUUCGAGCAUCAGUGAUACAAUUCGCACUUGUAUUAGCACGGGAAAUCAUCGAGCUGCAAUGAAAGUCAGAACUGAAUUUAAGGUGCCAGAGAAGAGGUGGUACUGGCUUAAAGCAUUGGCACUCUCUACCCGAGGAGACUGGGCUGCGCUGGAAAAAUUUUCCAAAGAGAAGAGACCACCUGGUGGUUAUAAACCCUUUGUUGAAGCAUGCAUUGGUGCUGAUGCGAAAGCUGAGGCUCUGAAGUACAUUCCAAAGCUUACAGAACCUAGGGAAAGAUCAGAGGCAUAUGCACGAAUUGGCAUGGCAAAGGAAGCUGCUGAUGCUGCAUCCCAGGCUAAAGAUAGUGAAUUUUUUGGUCGUUUGAAGCUAACUCUAGGACAGAAUGCUGGUGCAACAUCAAUCUUUGAUAGUCUCAGAGACAGAUUAUCAUUCCAAGGAGUCUACUAGUGACCAUUUGUGCGUCCAAAAAAUAUAUUGGUAUAAUUCACGCUGACAACCCAUCAUGAGUAUUGCUUGCAUGUUCAAACAGCUUGAAGAUUUUACCAUCAGUUGUGUUCUCUGAUGGGUGUAAUUCAAGAAAAUUUAAAUAAAAA